CUCCUCCUAUAAAAAAGGGUUGUAUAUAAAUCCGAGAAAUUGAAAAAUCAAUCAGUUCUCGAAUUUUCCAAGUGAUCGAUUGCAAAGAAGACUUACAAGUAAGAUGUCUGAUGAAGAAGAAGAAGACGUUAACUUCAAGCCGGGAACGGAAAUCAGUAGCACCAAAGCCAACUACACAGUAGUUCGUCUUUUGGGUGAGGGAGGAUUUGGUGCGGUGUAUCUAGUGCAGGACAACAAAUCGAAGAAACAAAGUGCAAUGAAAGUCGAGCGGAAAAUCGAGAAAAGAAAGCAUUCAAAACUGAAAAUGGAGAUUGCUAUACUGAAAUUGGUUGGAAGCGGCAAGCACUUUACGCAGAUUGUGGAUCGUGGAAAGAAAGACAAAGAGGGCUUCUUCUUUCUAGUGAUGGAACUGGUAGGAAAGUCUCUGGCUGACUUGAAGGCUGAUCGACCGGAUAAGGUGUUCUCGUUUGCUACUGGCCUUGGCGUGUCAUGCCAGUGCUUGGAGGCUGUCGAGGAACUUCAUAAGACUGGGUUCAUUCAUCGUGACUUAAAGCCUCAGAACUAUGCAUGUGGGUUGGAUGAGAAACGGCAUAACAUCUACAUUCUGGACUUUGGUAUAGCUCGGAAGUACCUGAACACGAAGAAUGAGCUGAAGACGCCGAGAGAAACAGUUGGAUUUAAGGGAACGGUCCGCUUUGCUCCAAUCGCCUGCCACCGUAACACCGAAAUGGGACCGAAGGAUGACUGUGAGAGCUGGUUCUACUUACUUCUCGAUCUAAUCGUCCCUAGCGGUCUACCUUGGCGUAAGCUCUCUGACAAGCAUGAGGUGCUCAAGGAGAAGGAGGAAUGCCGAAAAGAUAAGCGUUCCUCGUUGUUCGCCGGGCUCAGACAGACUGAUUAUCUCAGUAAAGUUUUGGACUACAUUGACGGAAGAGCUUACCAGGAUCGUGUGGACUACCAGUUCAUCUACAAGAAUCUUGCAGAGGCUUGCAAGGUUUGUAAUCUUGACAUUGAUUCACCGUACGAUUGGGAGCUUCAGAAGCCGGAGAAGACGAGCAAGGAACCUACUUCCAGCAAGAUGCCCUAGAACUUUGGGAGAGUAGAAGAUGAAUAAAAUGGUUUUGGGAUUCU